AUCACUCAGUCGAACCACUCGAGAGAUAAACAAGACACUCAGCAAGAUGGCAGAAAUCCUACCAGCAGCACCCGCCGCCCCUGCGGCCAAAACGGUGAAGAAGAAGACAGCAAAGCCGGCAAAGAAGGCCGGACCGAGUAUCGCAGAAAUGAUCGUGAAAAACGUCAAUGCCUGCAAGGAGCGGAAAGGUCUUUCGUACGUCGCCCUGAAGAAGAUGUUGGCCACUCAAGGCUUCGAGAACGUCAGUCAGCUCAAACGCACCCUGAAGAAACUCGUAGAGAAGGAGCUCCUUGUGCAGACCACGGGAAACGGUGCUACCGGAUCCUUCAGGGUGCCAAAGAAAGUCGAGAAGGCCAAGCCGGCAGGUAAGAAGCCUCCCGCUAAAGCCAAGAAGCCAGCAACGAAGAGCGCCCCUAAGAAGACUAAAACCACCGCCAAGGCAACCAAACCCAAGUCCCCCAAGAAGGUAGUAAAGAAGGUGCCUGCCAAGAAAUCAACACCCAUAAAGAAGGCCGCCCCCAAGAAGAAGAAGAGUGUUACCCCCAAGAAGAAGGCAACAACCCCCAAGAAACCCGCAGCAAAGAAGGUAUCCAAACCCAAAGCCAAGGCCGCGAAGGCGACCGGAACCAAGUCCACACCCAGGAGGGCAGCCAAGAAGUAAAUCAAAGUUUACUUCCAUCAAACCAAAGGCUCUUUUAAGAGCCACCCAAAUGUUUCCUCUAAGAGCUCCUUCUUCCAUGUGUUUCUCUCUUUAUCUUUAUUUAACCCUGUGUACAUGUUA